AUGGUUAAGGAUCAAUACUGCAGAGACAGAGACAACUGCCCCUCCACCUCCACCUGUUCCCUGCCCCCUCCACCUCCACCUCCACCUGCCCCCUUCCCCUCCAACUCCAAUUCCACCUGCCCCCUCUACCUCAACCUGCUACAUGCCCCCCCCCCACCUGCCCCCUCCAUCUCCACCUACACCUGCCCCUCCACCUCCACCUACUCCCACCACCUCCUCCCCCAAUUGUCCCCUCCACCUCCACCUCCACCUCCACCUGCCCCGCCCCCUCCAGCUCCACCUCCACCUGCUCCCUGCCCACACCAGCUCCACCUGCCCCCUCCAGCUCCACCUGCCCCCUCCAGCUCCACCUGCCCCCUCCACCUCCAACUGCUCCCUGCCCCCACCAGCUCCACCUGCUCCUCCAGCUCCACCUGCCCCUCCAACUCCACCUGCUCCCUGCCCCCACCAGCUCCACCUGCCCCUCCACCUCCACCUGCCCCCUCCAGCUCCAUCUGCCCCCUCCCCUCCAUCUGCUCCCUGCCCCCUCCAGCUCCACCUGCCCCCUCCACCUCCACCUGCUCCCUGCCCCCACCAGCUCCACCUGCCCCCUCCACCUACACCGGUCCCCUUCACCUCCAGCUGUCCCCUCCACCUGCACCUGCUCCCUGCCCUUUCACCUCCAGCUCCACCUGCUCCCUGCCCCCUCCGCCUACACCUGUCCCCUUCACCUCCACCUGUCCCCUCCAGCUCCACCUGCCCUCUCCACCUCCACCUCCACCUGCUCCCUGCCCCCACCAGCUCCACCUGCCCCCUCCCCCUCCACCUCCAGCUCGACCUUCCCCUCCACCUCCACCUGCUCCCUGCCCCCACCAGCUCCACCUACCCCCUUCACCUCCACCUGCCCCGCCCUCUUCACCUCCACCUCCACCUGCUCCCUGCCCCCACCAGCUCCACCUGCCCCCUCCCCCUCCACCUCCAGCUCCACCUGCCCCCUCCACCUCCACCUGCUCCCUGCCCCCCACCAGCUCCACCUACCCCCUUCACCUCCACCUGCCCCUCCAGCUCCACCUGCCCCCUCCACCUACACCUGUCCCCUUCACCUCCACCUGCCCCCUCCACCUACACCUGUCCCCUUCACCUCCACCUGCCCCCUCCACCUACACCUGCUCCCUGCCCCCACCAGCUCCACCUGCCCCCUCCACCUACAUGUGUCCCCUUCACCUCCACCUUCCCCCUCCACCUCCACCUGCUCCCUGCACCCACCAGCUCCACCUACCCCCUUCACCUCCACCUGCCCCCUCCAGCUCCACCUGCCCCCUCCACCUCCACCUACUCCCUGCCCCCACCAGCUCCACCUGCCCCCUCCACCUUCACCUGUCCCCUUCACCUCCACCUGUCCCCUCCACCUGCACCUGCUCCCUGCCCCUUCACCUCCAGCUCCACCUGCUCCCUGCCCCCUCCACCUACACCUGUCCCCUUCACCUCCACCUGUCCCUCCAGCUCCACCUGCCCUCUCCACCUCCACCUCCACCUGCUCCCCACCCAGCUCCACCUGCCCCCCCACCUCCACAUACCCCCUCCAGCUCCACCUGCCCCCUCCACCCCUGCUCCCUGCCCCCACCAGCUCCACCUGCCCCCUCCACCUCCACAUGCCCCCUCCAGCUCCACCUGCCCCUCCACCUCCACCUGCUCCCUGCCCCCACCAGUUCCACCUGCCCCUUCCCUCCACCUGCCCCCUUCACCUCCACCUGCCCCCUCCAGCUACACCUGCCCCUCCAGCUCCACCUGUCCCCUUCACCUCCACCUCCACCUCCAGCUCCACCUGCCCCCCACCAGUUCCACCUGCCCACUUCACCUCCACCUGCCCCCUUCACCUCCACCUGCCCCCUCCAGCCACCUGCCCCCUCCACCUCCACCUGCCCCCUCCAGCUCCACCUGCCCCCUUCACCUCCACCUGCUCCAUGCCCCCACCAGCUCCACCUUCGCCCUCCACCUCCACCUGCCCCCUCCACGGUGGCCUUUCUCAAUAGCAAGGCUAUGCAAGACUUUAUAGGCAUGGGAAACAUAUGUUAA